GGAAAGCUGAAAUCUGGUUCGUCCAGACGUGCGAAACCAAGUCGUAGUUGAAUUGAGCUACGCAGAAAGCGACAGGCUUCAGCCUCAGACUGUAACUGGAGCUAAAAUGGCGCUGACUUCCCAAGGAACAAAGAAGAAAGUUUGCUAUUAUUAUGACGGUGAUGUUGGGAAUUAUUACUACGGCCAGGGUCACCCCAUGAAACCUCACCGCAUCCGCAUGACCCACAACCUCCUUCUUAACUAUGGCCUGUAUAGGAAGAUGGAGAUCUAUAGGCCUCACAAAGCCAAUGCCGAAGAGAUGACGAAAUACCACAGUGACGACUACAUCAAGUUCCUCCGCUCCAUCCGCCCAGAUAACAUGUCAGAGUACAGCAAGCAAAUGCAGAGAUUUAAUGUUGGUGAAGAUUGUCCUGUGUUUGAUGGCCUGUUUGAGUUCUGUCAGCUUUCAACAGGCGGCUCUGUCGCGGGCGCUGUGAAACUAAACAAGCAGCAGACAGACAUCGCCAUUAACUGGGCGGGCGGCCUUCAUCAUGCCAAGAAAUCGGAGGCGUCUGGUUUCUGCUACGUUAACGACAUUGUGCUGGCCAUCCUGGAACUGCUCAAGUACCAUCAAAGAGUUCUGUAUAUUGACAUUGACAUCCACCACGGUGAUGGAGUAGAGGAGGCUUUCUACACUACAGACCGUGUCAUGACCGUGUCGUUCCAUAAGUAUGGAGAGUACUUUCCUGGCACAGGUGACCUCCGAGACAUUGGUGCUGGAAAGGGGAAGUACUACGCGGUGAACUACCCACUCAGGGACGGGAUCGAUGACGAGUCUUAUGAAGCCAUAUUCAAACCCAUCAUGGCUAAAGUGAUGGAGAUGUACCAGCCAAGUGCUGUAGUGCUUCAGUGUGGUGCUGACUCUCUGUCUGGAGACAGGCUGGGCUGCUUCAACCUCACUAUUAAAGGUCAUGCUAAGUGUGUGGAGUACAUGAAGAGCUUUAACCUGCCCUUGCUCAUGCUGGGUGGUGGAGGCUACACCAUCAGAAACGUGGCUCGCUGCUGGACCUACGAGACCGCCGUCGCCCUGGACAGCACUAUUCCUAAUGAGCUUCCAUACAACGACUACUUUGAAUAUUUUGGACCCGACUUUAAGCUCCACAUCAGUCCCUCGAACAUGACCAAUCAGAACACAAAUGACUACCUAGAAAAGAUCAAGCAGCGUCUGUUCGAGAACCUGCGCAUGCUUCCUCACGCUCCCGGUGUGCAGAUGCAGGCGAUCCCAGAGGACGCUGUGCAGGAGGACAGCGGGGACGAGGAGGACGACCCAGACAAACGCAUUCCCAUCCGUGCCCACGACAAGAGGAUAGCCUGCGACGAAGAGUUCUCCGAUUCCGAGGAUGAAGGACAAGGUGGCCGCAGAAACGCAGCCAGCUACAAGAAGACCAAGAGAGUGAAGACCGAGGAGGAGAAAGAUGGGGAAGAGAAGAAAGAUGUGAAGGAGGAGGAGAAAACCCCGGAAGAGAAAAUGGACACAAAAGGGCCAAAAGAAGAGCUGAAAACAACCUGAGCAGCCGAGUCCAAACGGAUGCAUGAGCUUGUCUCUCACACACGUGUACGUGAUGUUAGCCUCCAAGCUAAAAGACUGUAAAUUAUUUUCUAAAACUCCUUUUACUAUUUGUAUUCUUAAUGGGCGGUAUAAAGGUUUUUUUUUGCAUUACACAUGUGCAUUGAAAUGUAAGAUGUCUUUUCCUUAUCACACCCAUCCCUCUCUCUAAUUUUUUAUUUUGCUACAAAUUUUUUUUAGGUAGAAAUUUCUAGUAGCACAUAAAACAGGACCAGGUAAAGAUGGUCAUUAGCUGGUCACAGCUUCACCUCCUAAGUUAUUUGGAAUAAUGGACUUGAAUACACACACACACACACACACUGUUUCCCAUAUUAGGUCUUGUCUUUUCUGGAUGCUGCUCCGUGGCUGUGUCCUUUACCUCAUUUUUAAGAGAAAAACUUUUGUUUUAAUGACGUGUCUGUGUUUAUGGCUCCUGUGGCCAGAAAAUAGCAGUUUUAGGAGUUCCACAGUUCUGUGGCCUUGCAUUGUCCAUAUUAUAUGCUUUUUUUUGGUAAAGUAAAUAAAGAGAACAUGAUCUCA